AUGGUUGAGGUCUACUUGAAUAAUUUCCGAAAUGCAGUAAAUGCGGAGGAAGUUGCGCAGCAUAUUUGUUCCUUAGUGGAAGCGAACGAUAUUCAUGCAUUUGCUCGAUUUCUAGCAGAACCGUCGGUGAAAGCAUUACAAAACGAUCUAAAUUAUUUCAAAUAUUACAAUUUAUUGUAUCUUUUUGCUUAUGGGACGUAUGGAGAUUCCGUUGCACGUAAGGAUGAUUUGCCUGAGCUGAAUGAGACAAUGUUAUUAAAAUUGCGGCAAUUAACGCUAGUGACCAUGUGCACUCGUUCAAAGAUUUUCUUGAUCAAAGAUGCGAUGCGUGAAUUGCAAAUCACUGAUCUGCAAGAGUUUCAGCGUCUUUUUAUUUCUGCCAUAUACGAUGGUAUUAUUCAGGGCCGGUUGAAUGCUCAGAGAAGUGAAGUCGAGAUUUUUUCAUGGAAAAAUCGGGACAUCUCCGAUGAAGAAUUAGAUAAUAUUUGUCAAGAAUUACACAAGUGGAUACAACGAUGUACCGAUAUCAAAGAAAAUUUGAGUCAUGUAGCGAAACUUACUGAAAAAGCUAUUGCAGAAGCAAACGAACGUGAGAAUAAGGUUGCAGAAGAAGCGAAGAAAGUGCAAAAAAUGCUUGAGGAAGAAGAAGAGCAACGAAUGCCCAAGGAGUUUUAUCGGCGUACAAAAACUCAACGAGGGAAAAAACACUGUUAG